AUGUCGGCUUUAGAAGCCUUCAUUACAGAACAAAAAAAGAAAGCCGGUGGGUUGACUGGAGGGUUGGGAUCAGCAUCAUUCAGUUCCCUUGGUGAUCUUCGAAGUAAGUUAAGCUCGUCUAUCAGUGGUAUUCCACUUUUGUCUCGAAGCGAAACAGAGGACUCUCAAACUUUAACGGGGGAAAUAUCAAAUGGACAGUUACCACAAGGCAAAAACAGGAAAAACACUGGUGGUUGGUUUUCCUCUAGCGAUGAAAGCAUUUUCGGACUUUCUCGUACUCAACGCAUAUUUGCCUUUUUCAUGUGUGUGAUUGGAGCCUUGUUUUGCUUUUCAACGGCUGCCUUUCUCAUUCCCGUCAUCAUAUUCAAGACGAGAAAGUUUGCGGCGUUGAACACUCUCGGAUGUACAUUGCUCUUCUUGAGUUUUGCUUUUCUUCUGGGACCUUAUGCUUACUUUCAACAUCUCUUAUCAGCACAACGAAGAUUGGUGACCGUCUGUUACCUGUCAUCACUCUUUGCCACCUUAUAUUCAUCACUAUGGCUUCAAAGUACGGUUUUUACAUUGAUAGCGGCGAUCUUUGAAGGAUUUUCACUUGUUUGGUUUGUUCUUUCAUAUGUGCCCGGAGGCGAGUAUGGACUUCGUUUCAUCACCGGCUUUUUCACACGUUUCAUCACCCGAUCUCCAAGCACCGUAUUGCCGAUUUGA